AUUUAUAACCUUUCCGGCAACUCCACAAUAUAGAGGACAGACCCACAUAUACUUAGCCCACCCAUCCAAUUCCCUUCACCCCGCUGCCUGUGCUGACUCGACUACCUUAGGUAGGUACCCUAGGUAGGCUUAGGACCCUCUUACGAUUCCAAUUCUCGCUCCCUCCGUAUAUUCCCAACCAACCACCAACCUGAAGAUGCCUCCCGAAGAAUUUCUCACAGAUGACCAAGUCGCCAACCUUUUGGUCAAGGAAGCCCAGGACUGCUCCCUUAGAUACUCGGCAAUGGGUCUUGACGCAUUCAAGUCCUCCAAGCGUCCCGCGAAUCAACCUAAACCCAACACUCGAUUUCUUAAUAAUAUCAUCCGCGAUACCAACAGCCAUAAUCGCGCCCUCCUCGCUAAAGAAAAUGCCGAGUCGCAGGCGAAGCUGCGCGAUCUUGAAGAUGCGGAAGAGAAGAAGAGAAAAGAAGAAGGUCGCAAAUUGCGCAAAUCCAAACCUGGACCUAGCGACACUCGAAAGCGUAUGCUUGGAGAUAUUGCCGCUAUACUCGGCUCGUCUAAGAGGCGUAGGACUGAGAGGACAGACAUCCCUACUGGCUAUGCUUCGGAUCUGCCAGAGCCCAGUUCCAGCGAUAGGAAUAAACAUCGGCAGCGCAAGAGUUUCGCAGCAAGUGAUACAACCAAUAAGCGGGCUAGCAGUCGAAAGGAUCGUUCAACAGGACGUAGUGAUGUCAAAGCACAGCGCUAUACCUACCGUUGUGAAGACAGCUCGGGGGGUGGAUCACUUUCGACCGAUCCUCGUGGUCGAAAGCGAAGAAGGCAUUCGCCUCGAAGUGAUAGAGACCGGCAGCUAGGCGUCGUGAAACACUCGGAAAGUCGACCUUCCCAAUCCGAAUCCGAAGAAUCAUCUGAUUCGGACCCGCUAGAAGAAAUCAUUGGCCCUCUGCCAGCUAGGAAGACUACCGUUCAACGGCGAGGACGUGGUGCCAAUGCCUCCACGUCUGGUAUAGAUAGUCGAUUCGCUCCGGACUACGACCCGAGGAAUGAUGUUACACCUGACCCUGAAGAAGGAGACGACUGGGAGCGCGCAGCAGAGGCAUUUCGCGACCGCCAAAAGUGGAAACUACAGAGAGCGGAUAGACUACGGUCUGCGGGGUUUACCGAAGAACAGAUAAAAAAAUGGGAGACGGGUGAUGAGAAAGACGAAGCAGACGUCCGAUGGACUAAAGCUGGCGGCUUAAGGGAGUGGGACCGCGGCAAAGUAGUUGCUAAGGACGGCACGGUAACUCUUGCGACAGGGGACGAUUAGUGAAUGAGUUCUGUUAGGAAUUGGACUAUUUUCAAAUUAUCAUGAUGGACAUGCGAUACCAGGCUAUUGGCUAGCCUUUUUCUUUCUAGCAUAGCAAAGCAUUUGCAUCAUAUCGCAUUAUUGUAUUACAUGGUGUGGAAAUAGCAUUAGCGUCGGCGUUGGCGACAUGUCUUUAUGGUCUAAGUUUGGUGAUGAGGAUCGGAUAUUAAUGAACGAACGCGACAAGUUAUUCUACAUGUUCCGUAUAGAAGCUGUCUAUCUAUAUAUACUACUGAUGGUAGCCGCGGCUGUUAAUUUUAAAUAUAAAGUACUAAAGUGAAUAAUAAAAAGUCUGGGAUCAAACACUGCGUAAUGAGAUAACUACGCUAUUAUUCCAAGGAUGGUAAAAGUCGAUGUUUCUUUCCACUGCUACGCGGUAACGCCUUCUUGGGUUUAUCAAAAGGAACCGCCAGGUAAGAAAUGCCCUGGGUCGGCAAAGGCGGUCAAAUUACGUAUACAUGUAUAUAGUAUUAGGGGUGAAUAGUAUAUCGUAGUUUUGUAAUUUUGACGAUCUUGAUGGUCUCUUAUAAUCACCGCGGGGGGAUGCCUGGGGUUUGCCUGCUGAUGAGCGGAAUUCGGUUUCGACUUGUUUCAGGAAAAUACAAUCAUGUACGAUAGAAGUAAGAUGUAUAUUGCAAUGGUUAGGCAGGGUAUAGCCCUUGAAUACAUGCACCUAGGACCUUGGAUGAUUGAAAAAUCUUUGCC